CUCAGUGGUAGUUAUCCGGGGUCAUGAGCACGCCGCUAUCCAUUCUGCCGCUCCUUUUAAUCUUCCCGGCCGCUCUCCCCUUCAGUAAAAGUUAUUUCCACUAAAACACAUCCUGCCGUACUAAUUACUACUUUAUGGUGCUGUUGACAUUGCUUCGGUGCAAUCAGCCUCGCAGCGCGGCCAUCCAGCCUGCAGUAAUUAUGUCAGACAAGAGGGCCGUCCGGAGAAACAUCCCUUCCCAAUUUGGAGACACCAUCUGAUGUAAUUAGAUGGUUAAAAAUUCAUCUAUUCUCUCGUAUGUCAACACGGGGCCAACCUGUUGGUUAGGAGAGCGGAGAGUCUUGGAGACGCCUCUAGGAUCAGGCCCAUUCCCGAGCUGUACGUCGUGUCGUCAGGCCGAACCGGAGCGCCGCUUCUCCCAGCCCGCCACAGAGAACUACUGAUAGAUGAACAUUCUAAGUGACUAUUGAUUCGAUCAUUCCCGACGAUAAGUCGGUAACCAAUGAAAUGUUGAAAGACCUCCUGUUGUGGGGAGUUGGAGCUAAGCACGCUCGACUGGCGACCGGCCCGCAAUCCGAGACCAGUUGAGCGUUACCGGCGGUGAUGGCUGCUCCGUGUGGUGUGCGAGGUGUCGUGGUGGGGCUUCUGUACAUGAUGGCUUCAUUAUGGCGAGCCAAUGCUGCUUCGUACAAAGUGCAGCCCCAGUCGGCGGCGGUGCUGCGGGGCAAGGCCGUCACGUUGCCGUGCACCUUCAGCGGACUCACCGGGGAGGACGUCGUGGUGUGGGAGGGACCUCCCGACUUCCGCAUCAUCUCCAUGGACACCAAGGUGACGGCUGGAUACGGGAGACACUUCGUCAUCGGGGACAGGACGACGGGGGAGUACAACCUGCAGAUCUGGGGGGUGACGCUAGGGGACGCGGGGGGUUAUCGGUGCAGUACACCCUCCGUGCCAGCGGCACCGAACGCCGUGCUUUCAGUCAUCGUUCCACUGGCGAAGCCCCCGGAAAUAAUCGGCGGGAAGCGGCCCACUCCUGUCGGACAACGACUACUCCUCACCUGUUCGUCUCAAGGAGGCUACCCCCCUCCCACGCUGUCCUGGCUAAACGGAACCAAACUUUUAAAGAGAGGGAAAACUCCGCGGAACCAAGACAUGAAGCAAACAUCGCUUGAUUUUGUUAUUAAUAAAGUGAAGAAAUGGGACAACGGGAACAAUUUGACCUGCGUAGCUGACCAAGGUCUGCAGGGAGUCGUCAGGCCGAUGACGUCAUCCAAAAUUGUAUCCGUCAGUUAUCCACCAACAGUAACAGUUCCAGAAUCUUCCAAACGUGCGAAGGAAGGUGACCUGGUCAACCUGACGUGUGUGGUGGAUAGCAACCCGCCAGCUGUCGUCACAUGGAGGAAGCUGGGCGGGGCCUUGAACCAGGGUGUGACUGACAGAGGGCAGACAUUGUCUCUACCAAAGGUGAGCCGGCAUGACAGCGGGAUCUACCAGUGUAAUGCAGACAACGAGAUCUCUCCACCUGGUAUGGGCACUGUCAGCUUAGAUGUAUUAUAUCAAUCCUGGAUAGACCCCUCCCUCAAUAGCAAGGUCAGUGUCAUGUACGGACAAGAUGGCUUCCUGCUCGAGUGCUCGGCCAGUGGUAACCCGACACCCCGGGUGAGAUGGCGGCGGAAGGAUACAAGUCUGUACUGGGACAACCCGCUCCGGUUCCACCGGGUUCGCUAUGACGUGGAAGGGACGUAUCAAUGCGUGGCCACUAACGAGGGCUUUCCUGCAACUACAAGGGACACAUAUGUCGAUGUUGUUGGCAGACCAUACAUACUUCAACGUUCUACAACAUUCACAGUUCGGAGAGGCGACACUGCCAGACUGUCUUGUGAGAUCGUGUCUGAUCCUGUUCCUAAGACCAUCCAAUGGGCCUGGCGAGAUGUCCAAGGAUUAGAGUCAGCCCUAUCGGGCGGGGAGAAUGGUGUUGAGAUUACGGAGGAGCUCAUACUCGGUGGCAAACUCAGCAUCCUGUCCAUUAACGGUAUUACUGAAGGGUGGAAGGGAACAUACAUGUGCAAAGGGACAAACAUGUUCGGUACUGACCAACGCGAGUUCAGGCUGGAGGUCACGGGGUCACCUCACACCCUGGUCAUCGUGGUCGGGAUAUCAGUUAUGGUAGCUGUCAUGGCGGCCGUCGCGGCCAUCUUUGUUUUCUUCUUUCGCAAGAAAUGGUUGGGUGACGACAGGAAGUCAGACACCACAUCAGUGACAGUGUCUCGUCCGAUGCCACCUCCCCCAGGCUACAACAAAAACAAGUUGGAUCAGCUGGGUUCUUUGGAGAUCAAAGAUCUGGACGGAUUGAUAGAGAUCCACGAGAUGAACGGCACAUUGAAGCCACGCCCUCCCCCCAGAGUAGACAAAGAAUGGACAGCUAUUGGUCUUUCAUAUCCAGGGUUAGUGCAGCCAUUGCCGCCCUACUCAACAGUAGACCGACAGCAGCCGGAGGGAGAAGACAGAAGAAUCGGCAGUCAACAGUCCCAAGUUGCCGGACGCUCCUCAGCCGCCGCCCAAAGCGAGAUGGACGCCGUCCAGAUCAGCGGGAGAGCGGAGAUGUUCUGCUACCUGUGACCCGGACAGGGCCAGUCGGUACAGAGCACCGCGGAGUGAUCAGACAACAGCAGCAUGAGACGACUUUUGGCUGACAUUUCUGUUCAUCAAGGCUAAUGCGGAUCUGGUGAUUUUCUUGACGUUUUGGAGGUUCCCAAGGACCAUUUGUGUACAUAAACAUAAACUGUGGAAUUGCCGGGCUCAGGUGGUACUGGAACAAGAGUGCAAGCAGAAUAAUGUUUGUGAUGGAGUCUCUGCCAUUUGAAGAGUUUCACAAUCAACGCAAUGCUGCAUCAGGCUCAACGUGUGGACUUUUAUUACAAAAUACAAACGCUGUACGAAGAAAUGCAUACAACUGAAGGCAUGCCAGCGAUCUGGAGUUCCUUAUGUUAGUCAACCAGUGAUAUUAUUUUCAGUGUAACAGUUGGCGAAUCGGGAGGAAAUUUAAGUCAACUCUAUGGCUAUGCUGUCAUGUUUAACGGCCAUAAUGUAACGAGACAGCCUUUCAAUAACUAUCAAAUACGGAUAUUCAAACAUAGAGGAAAUCACGCGUCGUGACUAAGGCAACGCAAGUGGAAAAAUAUACGCUGGCAACAACAACGCUAGGAUGGACUAAUGGUUGGCUUGUACGGAGUCCACGGUUUCAUCUGGAAUACGGUGUUCGGUAACUCCACAAAGACAACAAAGCCACUACUGUAUCAUCUCUUCCAUUCGUGGAAAUAUAGUUCUACUGUCUUCAUCCCAGCAGUAGUUAUAAGCAAACAUUACUGAAUUUUUCCUUGGACCCCAAGAAUAUUCUGGUUAUCCAUUAGCUAGCGUGUUUAGUUACAUGUGGUACAUGCGGUAUUUUGUAAUGUAUGGACGCAAACAGGAUGUCAUAGCUGCCCUUGUAGUAAAAGCAAGCAACGAAGGAGCGUACGAUAUCGUUUAGAAACUUGCAAUUCUACUUUCUGUACUUGAAGCAAAUUGUUUUAGAUGAUCUACUUAAUGUUCAUCUUGGUUCAAAAUACAUCAGAAAAUAAAUUGACAUCGUAUCAUUGUCGUUUGCGACACUGGUCUGUAAAAAUUAUCCAGUGAAUGUGAAUAUAAAUGUGUUUAUGUAAAAUAGUUCUUAAAA